GAGAUACGCAAAAGUGCUGUUCCAAAGCACCUAAACUAAACCGGAUACUUCCAGGAGUUCUUAAACUCCAGUCCCUUGAGCUUUAUGCUAUUUUGUACUUGGACCCUGCAGACGCGGAUUUGAGAUUUCAGAGCACUCUCCAGACUUCAUCAGGACACAGACCAGUAGAUUCCCUACUUCAUUUCAUCAGCCGCCAACCAAGGAGGGGACAAGGAAGUAGAGUAGUAGGUCAGCAAGCUCACCCACCCACUCUCCCCAAACACUCUCAAGAGCCAAUGCAUUUUGGUUUUGCGCCCGCGCGGGAGAUUUGGAGCGGGAGGCGCGACGAAUCCACCUCCUCUAAGGCUCUGCUGCGUUGAUCUGAUUCUCACCGGAGACUGAGGUACCUCUAUGGGGAACCGUUCUCGGCUAAGAGCAGGUAAGGAAAGCAUGAAAUCAAUCAGUGAAGACACUGAGAGCACCAGCAGAGAGACAGAAGCAAGCAAGUUUCACAGAUUGAAGUGCACAGAUGAAACAUUCGGAGAACCGUGCCUUGACAGGGUCCCUAAUUUCCACUGCAAAAGUUUGCCCUCAAGGUAUCGGGACGCAAACCCGGAAGAUGGCAUCAUGCACAAGCGUGGCUCUAUGUACCAGAGUUCAGGAGAGGUUAGCAGACUCAGGAAUCUCCAAGGGAGGAGCAAACUAAAUUAUUCGAGCAAUAAAGACACAUUUUUGUCCUUUGAGGUUGCCAAUUCAUCCUCUCAGUCUCAGCCUAGCACAAGUGGUGCUUGCUCCUUUCCAUUACGGAGCUAUUCGUGCAAUACAAGGUCUUCUUUGGGGAUAAAUCAUAGAAUUCAUCAAGCUUCCAGGGAGAUUAUGAAGCUUUCACUCCAUGAGAUUCCUGAGGAUGAUUUAACACUCGAGAGACCACGCAGGGACUGCAAUUUGUUGAAAAAUGAUGCAGUAGACAGUUUCCUGGAGAUAUCACUUGAAGAAGAUACCACCAAAGGUUCAUGCAUAAAUGCAACCCCUCAUUUGCCAGAAGGCAGCUGUAGCAAAAUUGGAAGAUCAGAUUGCCAACAGUCAGUUGGUUUUUGUCCUAUUGAAAGAGAUGUAGUUAAUUUGCCCAAGUCCUUGUCAACAAAGGUGGGUGUUUUUGAUGCUACAUGCCCAUCAGAAUGCGUUGGCAACAAAAAGGCUCGUUCUAGUCCAUUCAAGAAAAUUCUUGAUCCUAUCAUGAAGUCAAAGUCUCAACGGAACUCUUCUCUGAUGGAAACAGAAGAUUCAAAAUCUAGUAGUACUCUAUUUGGAGGAAAAAGCAGAGUAUUACGCAAAUCUUUGUUAAGUGAUAUCUCAAGGGCUGAGCAAAGCCUUGCACCUGAUUGCCAGAUAAAUGGGGAAACCCAGAAAUUGACUGUUACUUCAUCGCCAACUCAUCUUCAUGCUGUUAUUAAAUUGGAUCCAAAUCAUGGUGCUUUUGGUUUUGUGUUUAGUACAAAGGGCCCAGAAGAAUCAAUAUAUGCUAACACAUGGAAAGCUGGGGAUGAACUGAAUUGGAUUUACACUUUCCAUAGCAGUGGCAAGCGAGCAAGCACUGUGGGAAGGACCUCCAAGGAUAGGCAUGGGUGUCUACCUCCGAUUGUAGGACAGAUGCAUGUGUCUUCCUUUUUGUACUCUAGUGUUGGAGAAGAUGGUACUUUAAAGAACUCAGCCACCACUGAAUUUGUUUUGUAUGACAUUGCUCAUGCAAGACGGAGUUCUGCUGUUGAGAGAAUUCAAUUUACAGAUGCCAUUCGACCAUCAUUCUGCAAUGUUGUCAAUAAUUCAAUGUCUGGACAUACCAGAAAUGAUCUGAUGCAGAGACAAAAUAAUACAAGGACUGACUCAGAUCUAUCGACAUCUUGUCUUUGGUCUCGAGAAGAUCUCCAUCCUCAUUUGGAGGUUGCUGCCAUUGUAAUUCAGGUGCCAUUUCAUAAAACAAAGUCCAAAGAAUUGAAAGCUGGAUCGUCACCUGGUAUUAUCAAAGCGGUUACAGCAGGUGGUGCACAUGGGUUACCAAGGGAUGAUGAGGCCAGCCCAUCACCAUUACUUGACCGUCUAAAGUCCGGUGGAGCCUGUGAUUGUGGUGGAUGGGACAUGUCUUGCCCAAUUGUUGUACUUGACAAUGCAUAUGAUAGUCACUGGGCUGAUUCUGUAAUGAACGAAAGCAAAGCUCCUAUGGAGCUAUUUGCUCAGGGUAACAAAGAAGUUCUCCCUGCCCUUUCGAUGAAGGCAGAUGGGAAUGGACAUUUCUCAGUGGAUUUCCAUGCACGAUUAUCAGCAUUGCAGGCCUUUUCUAUCUGCAUCUCUUUGCUUCACUGUUCUGAAGCUUCUUCAGACAUUGGUAUCGAGAAGUUUAAGAACAAGCUAUACUCCAGCUCGCUGAAAAUUCUUCUGAAGGAGGAAGUGAGGCAGUUAAUUGAUUCAGUCACGCCCAAGGAGAAGAAGCAACCAAAGAGCAGGAAUGAAAAGACACCUCCAUCUAUCGUCAUCAACCCUCCCUUUUCUCCCAUGGGAAGAGUAUAGCAUGUAGACAAGCAGAGCAAUAGCUCUUGGGAGUGGAAAGAUAAGAAAACCCGAAUCUUCUCAUCAUGUACAACAUUGUCGAGCAAGUAUUAGUUUUGACCAUGUUCAUUUUUGUCUGGGUCCUGUUCAUAAGGAUAGAUGGAGCUGGUAGUUUAUAGCAGUAGUCUUAGCUUUUAGCAACCAAGAGAAGGCAUGAAUUGUUGUUGCAAUCCAUCAGAGGAUACACAAAUGUGUCUCAGCCAGUUCUGAAAGAACAUGAGCACUAAAAAACAUAAUGUAGCCAUUUUUUCUAAAUGUAACAGCAUUCUGAAUCUCUGAUAUGUUUUUGGUUGCAAGUGCCUCUUUUCGCAUUCUCA